UUUCCUCCUCAAUAUAUUAUGAUUUCCUUCCUUUCCAUUGCCAACGCAUCCCCAUUUUCUCAAAUCAUUUGCUGAGAAAGAUUGCUGCAGACAUGGCGGAUGGGACCAAAGCCGUCUUCUCAGCUCUUGAUGGGGCUAAGACCCAACUUUAUCAUUUCAAGGCAAUCGUUAUUGCUGGUAUGGGAUUCUUCACUGAUGCUUAUGAUCUCUUCUGCAUCACUGCUGUCACCAAGCUGAUAGGCCGCCUAUACUACUAUGAACCUGCCCUACAAAAACCUGCCCCUGGUAAGCUACCAGACAACAUCAACAAUGCUAUAACUGGAGUUGCCUUAUGUGGAACUCUAGUAGGGCAACUCUUCUUUGGAUGGCUCGGAGAUAAGCUUGGUAGGAAGAAAGUUUACGGGAUAACUCUAGUUACUAUGGUGGGUUCUGCCUUGGCCUCUGGCCUUUCCUUUGGAUUCACUGCCAAAAGUGUGGUUGGUGCUCUCUGCUUCUUUCGCUUUUGGCUUGGUUUUGGCAUUGGUGGGGAUUAUCCACUUUCUGCUGUGAUUAUGUCAGAAUAUGCCAACCAAAAAACCCGAGGAGCUUUUAUUGCCGCCGUGUUUGCAAUGCAAGGAAUGGGAAUACUGUUUGCAGGAGCUGUAGCCACAAUAGUGUCCAAGUUAUUCAUGGAUGCUUUCAAAGCUCCUGCAUUUAAAGAUAACCACAUCCUAUCGACUCAGCCUGAAGCAGAUUUUGCAUGGCGGAUUGUGCUCAUGUUUGGUGCUAUCCCUGCUGCUUUGACCUUUUACUGGAGGAUGAGCAUGCCUGAAACUGCUAGGUAUACUGCCUUGGUCGAGGGUAACCACAAGAAGGCUGCUGCAGAUAUGGCGAGAGUGCUUGAAAAGGACAUUUAUGUUGAAGAAACAAGCUCCAAACCUCCUUCUGCAGCUAAUCCCACCACUCCUUACCGACUCUUCUCUUCUGAGUUCCUUAGGAGGCAUGGGAUUCAACUUCUAGGUACAACUAGUACCUGGUUCUUAUUAGAUAUUGCCUUCUAUAGUCUCCAGUUAACCCAGAAAGAUAUUUACCCUGCAAGUGGAUUGGUAGAUAAGGCCUCAACGAUGAAUGCAUUGCAAGAAAUGUACCAUCUCUCUAAAGCAAUGACCAUAAUUGCACUCGUUGCAACUGUUCCUGGAUACUGGUUCACUGUGUUCUUAAUUGACAGGAUUGGAAGGUACAUAAUCCAACUCGGUGGCUUCCUCCUCAUGUCUAUUUGCAUGGCAAUUCUGGGAAUCCAAUACGGAAAUCUUAGAGGAGAGAAAUCCAAGUGCGAGACAGAUUCCACAAAGGAUUUCUGUGAUGGGAAUCCCAAAUUAUUUGUGGUUCUCUUUGGACUUACCCUUUUCUUUGCCAACUUUGGACCCAACAGCACAACGUUCAUCGUCCCAGCAGAGCUCUUCCCUGCAAGAUUUCGCUCAACUUGCCAUGGUCUCUCAGCAGCAGCAGGAAAAGCUGGGGCUAUAAUAGGAGCAUUUGUUGUACAGACCUACACACUAAAAGGAGAGUCAAAGGAAAUCAAGAAGGCAAUCAUUGGACUUGCUGUGGUAAAUUUAAUUGGGUUUUUCUUCACUUUCUUGGUGCCAGAAACAAAAGGCAGGUCCCUUGAGGAACUCUCCGGAGAGGACAAGGAACUCGAUGGCCGUACAAAUGAGAAUGGUAGAAACUACAAUGCCAGUACUGAGAUGACUUAAUUCUUAGAAGUUCGUAUUCCUUUUCAACAUAAUCAUAAACUAUAGGUUGGUUUGCAUCAAUAAUUAAUAAGAAUAAAGCGAUUUCGUUUUCUAGAUCUUCUUCCUCUUCUCAAACAUAGAGAUGAAGAUGGGAAAACAG